CUAUAAUGUACUAUUGGUAAUCUGGGAAAUUUAAAUCUCCUUCUGUCACCAGCAUGCUUAAGCAUGCAUUCAUUUAAGUUACAAUAGGCGCGGGAAGUAUGAUGGCGUUUUUCCUGAAACAGAUAAAACAUGAAUGGUUCUUCCGAAUGGUGGUGAAUGGGCUGCGGAUCUGAAGCAAAGCGAGCGACCGCAGAGCUAUGAAUGAAGACAACUCUAGUAGAUGAAAAGAAAGUAGGACCCUUCCCCCGAGCCGUUCAAUGGCUGUGACGUUCCAGCUCUCUGCCACCAGGCGACAGUAUUUCUCCCUCAAAAUAAAACCCGCUCCUCUCGGGGACGUUUGAUCACAUGCUGGGAAGGUUUGAAGUUGAGGCUUCAUGUCACACAUGCUCGCGGGCAAAGUGAAUGGCACACGGGCGCACAAGUGACACCGAGACGACCAGUCCGCGGCAGCUAGGUGAAGGCUGGAGUCCACGCGGAGGUGGAGAGGAAAAAAGGAGAAGAAGCGCGCGCGGAGAGGAUGAAGAUGAAAGCCAAGGGAGGCUAUAGUAUCCCACCACCGGCGUCUUCGAGAUUCAGACUAUAGGACACACGAGGAACCACGACACGUGCAAUUUGGGCCAGUUGAGAAAGUUCAGCGACCGUAGCCUAAACAAUGGUUAUAAAUGGGUCCCACCUGAACAGCUCCUCGCCAGACCCCAGCGACACCGUGCUGAACCGUCCGCCGUGGGUUACCACAACUUUGGGCUGCUUUCUCAUCUUCACUAUCGUUGUGGACAUCCUGGGCAAUCUCUUGGUCAUCUUCUCCGUGUAUCGGAACAAGAAGCUCAGAAACGCAGGGAACAUCUUUGUGGUGAGCCUGGCAGUGGCAGACCUUGUGGUGGCCAUCUACCCGUACCCUCUGGUCCUCACCUCCAUCUUCAACAAUGGCUGGAACCUGGGCUAUGUUCACUGCCAGAUCAGCGGCUUCCUUAUGGGCGUCAGCGUCAUCGGCUCCAUCUUCAACAUCACCGGCAUUGCCAUCAACCGAUACUGUUAUAUCUGCCACAGCCUCAAGUAUGAUAAACUGUACAGUGACAAAAACUCAGUCUGCUAUGUGAUGUUAAUCUGGGCGCUGACUGUGGUGGCCAUCGUGCCCAACCUAUUUGUGGGUUCUCUUCAGUAUGACCCACGGGUGUAUUCCUGCACGUUCGAGCAGUCAGCCAGCUCAGCGUACACUAUAGCAGUGGUUUUCUUUCACUUUAUUUUACCUAUCAUGAUUGUCACAUACUGCUACCUGCGCAUUUGGAUACUGGUCAUACAGGUGAGGAGACGAGUCAAGCCAGACAACCGGCCCAAGCUAACGCCACAUGAUGUUAGAAACUUUAUCACAAUGUUUGUAGUGUUUGUGCUCUUCGCCGUUUGCUGGGCACCGCUCAACUUCAUCGGUCUGGCCGUAGCGAUCAAACCAGAGGUGGUGGUUCCCCUCAUCCCAGAGUGGUUAUUUGUGGCCAGCUACUUUAUGGCCUACUUCAACAGCUGCCUUAAUGCCAUUGUGUAUGGUGUGCUGAACCAGAACUUCAGGCGGGAGUACAAGCGCAUUGUUGUGUCAGUGUGCACAGCACGCAUCUUCUUCCAGGAAAGCUCCAACGAUGCAGGGGAAAGGCUCAAGUGUAAACCGUCACCCCUCAUGACCAACAAUAACCAGGUCAAGGUGGACUCUGUCUGAUCCAGAACUCAAGAGGAAUACUGAGCGGACAUUAAAAGAUGUGCGGUGA